CUCACAAAAUCUAGUUCCCUGCCACGCUGUUUCCUGCCAACCACGCGAAACAGCCCUCGAGGACAAAACCUCGCCCUUUGCUCACGAAACGUUGAACCCUCUUUUUGCUCUCUGGUACACUAUACCGGCAGUGACACAUUUCACUGCGUCUUUUACCAAUUCUACCACCAAACAUUCGUUGACCGCCGCUUUACCUUCCCACAACCCUCGUUCCGCCUUGUUAUCGAUAGAUUGACCGUGUUGGCCGGGUUACCCUCAACAGAACCCCGCCUAGCAGCAGCAUUGAAACCGUUGCUUUCGCGUUUCACACGUAAACAUCCAUCUGCUCGACGAUCCUUGGGCGACUGACCCAUUUCUCGCCCUCUGACCAGCGUGCCUUCUUGCAAUCCCGGCACCGGACGUCCUUUAGCGGCUGUAGUUUGGAAUGAGCCGCAACGCCCCUCACAACGUGGAGCUCCAACAGCCGCCGCAGGCCCCUUAUGCGACGCACCGCUCGAACCACAGUCGAAAGAUCUCGAGUCCCGUGGUCGGCGAUCAGGUGCACAGCUUCGACGACGUGGACAUUACCGGCCUUCAACCACCACCUUCCGCUUUAACACCCACUACUGCAACGGCAUAUGACCCGCAUGCACCUUCCCCACUAGAAGACUUCCCUCGAUCUGGCAGAACUCACCAGCGAACGCUGACUGGCACCAUCUUCGACAACUUCAAUCGCGCAACAUCGACAAUCCAGCAACAUACUUCAAGAGCAUCUUCACCUACAAAGUCCUUAGCAAGCUUCAUCCCCUCUAGAGGCGCUAUCGAGUCCAGCGCUAGCCAGCCUAAGAUUAGGGCACUACAGAACUGGUUCAACGGCUCCUCUGCACCCGUGACGCUGGGUGUCGGACAGCAAGACGAAUACUCGGAUUCUGGUUCUGAGUCGGGAGAGGAAUACGACUCUGAGUCCGAGGAGGAGGAACAGGAGAGGGGCAACAUGAUGACCAACCUCUUCAACCGCGGUUCUUCCCUUACGAGGGGCACGUCGCAGAGCCCGAGACGAUCAGACGACACCCAAACCCCGAGCAAGGCCCCGAGCCAGCCCACCACUAGCAGCAAGUUCGCAUGGCUGCUGUCCACACAAAAGAACGCCGCCGUACCCCCUCCACAGCAAUCCCCCACAUACCACAACCCCGACGAUGAGCUUCUCAACCUGAGCAUCUCGCAGUCGCUCUUCCCACACGGACCUGCCGAUCCACUAGCACCCUCGUCCUUCCAUGACCUCCUCACCAACGCCGAAGCGCUCCUCUCUCGCUACCAGACCGCAUACCGCCAACUCUCCACCGCGUUGGGAGAUGCACAUGCCGAACAAAGUGCGCAGGAUGACGAGCUUGACGAGGCCGAGACACGAGCAAGGCAUUUGAAGAUGCAGCUGGAGACAAUGGCGGCAAAGGCAGCUGAGCAAGACGAGCAGAUGCGAAGCCUCAUGGAGGACCUUGCGUUUGAGCGAAAGGCUCGUCAAGAGGAAGAGGCGGCUCGUAAGAGGAGUCUAGCCCUCAUCAGAGGCGCACCACAGUGUGACCACGCUUCAUGCCAGGAGAACGCUCGUCGGCACAACCGUGUAUCCGGCUCGGAGAUCAGUGUCGAUUCCGGCUUCGAGUCUGAAGCCGAGACUGAUGCCGCAAGCGUCUUUUCAAGAAGCUGCCUCAGCCCCACUGGUACCGACCGCUCCUCCAUUCUCGAUACCGACAUCCACGACAUCACACCCAAGGGACGCAAGCCUCAGCCUUUGAAACGAGGAAGCACAUACGAGCAGAAACAAGAGGGCAAAGUCGACAUCGCGAAAGGUGGGUGGGGAUGCGCCAACUGCCAGGGCGGUGCACAGUCCGCUGUUUGGGGCCGUCUGGCAAAGGAGCGGGAGGAGAACCGCACACUCAGACUGAGGGUUGAGACCUUGGAGGAGGCUGUUGACGGUGCUCUGAAUGCUGUCACUGGCGCUUGGGGCAUGUAAAUACCCGUGUACAAACAUACAUGACUUUGGAGUAUCUUGGCGUUUGGUAUACCACUGCUUGAUGAUUGGAUGACUAUCAGAUUGGUUUAGUCUUUUGAAAGAUGCAGCGCAUCAUAGUAUAGCAUAGCAUGAACCACGCUUUACCCU